CAAAAACUCAUUUCUUCAAGAUUUUUUAAGAAAAUGGACAAGAAUAAUGCUGGUGCAAAGUCUGGCAAUGUAGCACAAACCGGUGGCACUGGAUCUGGUUCGGGGAAUAUGGUGGCGCCAGGGACCGGAGGUGUAGUUCAGAUUCCUCGUGAUGCUUUCGAAGCUAACACCAAGGCUUAUUUUGACAACCUUCAUGCCAAUAACAAGGCAACUAAGUGAGAAGUGUUUAGUUGUUAAAAGAAUGAUCUGCACCUUUGUUGUUAUGCUCCUUUGAUGUGAUCUCCUAUGAUUAUCAUGAUUUAAAUAAAACGAGUUACUAUUUAUCUUGCU